AUGCGAUUGGGCGAUAGAAACCGUGACAGGAGUCGCAGUCCACUAAGGUCUCGAAAAAGUGGAUGUAAAAAAGUUUUUGUCUCGAACAUACCAUAUGAAUUCAAAUGGAAGGAGCUAAAAGAGUUGUUCAAAAAAGAAGUUGGCGACGUGUCUUUUGUAGUUGUAUACUCAGAUGAAAAAGACAAAUCUAGAGGCUGUGGUACAGUUGAGUUUGACAGAGUAGAUUCAGCCCAAAAGGCGAUUGAUAAGAUGCACCGUUUUGAUAUAAAUGGAAGAAAAUUAGUAGUUAAAGAGGAUGAUAUUGAUAGAGAUAAGACUGGACGUCCAUUACCAAAUGGACCACGUAGUAGCGGUGGCGGUGGUGGUGGAGGCGGCGGCGGUGUUGGUGGCGGCGGCGGUGGUGGUGGUGGGAAUAUCCCAACCAGUAUCAGGAGUGCUAGUAGAAUGCCAGUAUCAGAUGAUUUCCAAUGGGACAAUACAUAUGGACUCUCACCUCAAUUUCUAGAAUCACUACAUAUCCGUGGGCCACUUAUCAAUCGUAUUUUUGUUGCUAAUCUCGACUACAAAGUUGAUGAAAAAAAAUUGAAAGAGGUAUUCAAACUUGCUGGACGAGUAUUAGAAGUUGAAAUAUUUUCAGAUAAAGAAGGAAAAAGUAAAGGAUAUGGAGUAGUUGAAUAUAAUCACCCAGUGGAAGCUGUUCAAGCUAUUUCUAUGUUCAACAAUCAAUUUUUAUUUGAACGUCCAAUGUCUAUACGUCUUGAUCGUACAGAUAAAGACCCAUUAGCAAGACUUCCUGAAGGGUUGAAAUCAAUAGGAAUGGGUUUAGGUGCAGGCGGAGCACCAUUGCACGAUGUUGAAAGAAAUCUACCUUCAAAUAAUACUUCAUCUAAUCAAUCGCAGUCAUUAUCUACGCCUGUUAAUACAUCUGCUUUGGCUGUAUUAAGUGGAUUAAGUGCUGAUAGAUUGGGCAUUGAGACCCAGAAUAGACGUUCUCUUGGUGGAGUUAACGGACUAGGAAACUUAAGUGCUAGUGAUUUAGGCAUUGGAACAAGCCUAGGAGCUGCUUUUGGAUCUGGUAUGAAUACUAGUGGAGCUGGAUCGAUGAAUAGUUCUUCACUACAUCAAAACUCACUAGGUGGUCGUGAUUACGAUUCUUUAUCACUCGGUGUACGAAAUUCAAACAGUGGUGGUGGCGCCUUUGGUGCAGACUUUAGAUCCGGUUUGGGUGGAGGUGAUAUGCAUAUGGGUAUGGGCCCGAAAAAAUCUGACACAAUUAUGGUAAAAAAUUUACCAUCAAAUACAACAUGGCAAAGCUUAAAGGAUUACUUCCGUGACUGUGGAGACAUUAAGUUUUCCGAGGUUGGAAGUAAGGGAUUUGGAAUUAUUAGAUUUGCAUCUGAAUGGGAUGCUGAAAGGGCAAUAACUUUAAAAAAUAUGUCAAGAUUUGAUGGUCAUCUUAUUGAAGUAGUAUAUUUCUAA